GUUUCUCUGGACUGUGGAGGAGGAGUGGACCUUGCCAAUGAAAAAAAUGCCCUACCCCCCUUGCUGCACAUGUUGAAUUUGCCUCGAAGUGUCUGGACGUUACCAAAAACCCGGCACAACAAGUGGAUGAUGCGGGCGGGUGCUGGCUGAUCCACUGCUGUCUGGACGUGUCUGGGGGAGAAACUGCAAGAAGCGAAAACCGUCCUCCCAUCAGUGGAAACAGGCUUGGUACGCGGAUUAUUUAACGUUGAUUUACAAAUCUGCUGCAAAAGCUGGGCUUGGAAAGACUAGUGAUCGCGCUUAUCCAUUCAUUCUGUCUCACACACACACAAACACACCGCCUUCAUUUUUUUUUCCUUUUUGGAACAAGACUCUUGCUUGUUGCCUUUUUGCAAAUGCCUGGGCGAGAAGCAGUGUCUGUGGCUGUGCAGAGUGCCCCCAGCUUAAGCUGCCUCACUGGCUCACUCUUGGUGCUCUUGUUGCACCCGGAAAGAAGGGAGAAAAAUAACUCGUCAACCUGUGGUGCUGACUGACCAUACACACCUGCAGAUGUAGAUCAGUGGCAUAGCCCCCUCCUCAGGACUGCUGUCACCAGAUCCUUACACUAGCAAGAACAGCAUUGCUAUUUCUCUGCCUAGGAACAGUUAAGUGCUUCUUCUGCAUGACCAUAACCAAAGGGUGACCCAUCCACUCCCUUAUGUCCUAUGGGGACCUCAGAGCCAGUUUCUCAGUCUUCAUCUCCUCCUCCUCCUCCUCUUCCUCCUCUUACCACCGCUGCUGACGCCCUGGGUGCUGCUCCCAGGUUUGAGACAUUGUUGACAGGCUGAAGAAAGGAUUUGCAAAGACCUCCUCACUGUGUAAAUAAAGUGAUGGCUGGAAUUAACUUCAACUCCCCAAGUAAUGAUAUUAAACAGUAAUAAGAUUGCUAGGCCAAAGCAUUACUAGGAACAAAUUAUGAGGAAAGAGACUAUUUGCAUUUGGUUGCAAUGAUGAACUAAAACCAUCUGUGGAGAGCAGGUACCCUUUGAUUUGCAUAUUUUUUUCCUCAUGAAGGCAGUCUUUGUAGCCUGCGAGGUAGUCAUGAUUCUCAUCAGAUCUGUGAUAGCCACGGGAGAGAAAUGAAAAUAAAGGGGCAUGGUGAAUGAAAGUACAAGGCCUCAGCUGUUCACCUGGUUCAAUGUGAGAGUUUCAUCUUUUCUUAUUAGCAAAAGAGUAGUUUGUGUCAAACGUUCUGGACAAUAAGAAAAUGCAGAUCUGUGGUUUUCCUAAACAUAAAUUCAGUGUUACAACUGUGUUGCCCUGCUCUAUGUCCAAGGGACUGUCCUCCAAAUGCAAAUGGCUUUGAACUUUCUAUAGCGAAGGUCAAAGUUACACUGUACAUAAAACAAAACCUUUUUGCAUUAAGCAAUUAAAAAAAAAAAACCAGUUACAAAAUGGAGGUUGCAAUGGUGAGUGCAGAUAGCUCUGGGUGCAACAGCCACAUGCCCUAUGGAUAUGCAGUCCAAGCUCGGGCCCGAGAGAGAGAGCGGCUGGCACACUCGAGAGCCGCAGCAGCUGCAGCCGUAGCAGCAGCAACAGCAGCAGUAGAAGGUGUGGCAACAGGUGGAGGUGGACCAUAUCACCACUACCAUCAGGAACAGAGUCGAGGUGCGUCCUCCUCUCAUGGUGGGAAUGCGUCACGCAGCAGCAUGCCCCACCGGCAGAGCGGUAAGAGGCGGAAGAAAGGGAAAAAGAGGAGCCACCACUUGGGAAGUAGGGAGUGUGGGGCCUCCUUCCCCUGUUCUGAGCUGCUGCCUCUCAGUGGUUCUGAAGAGAGAAUACUGAAGGACUUGAGUGAGGAGGAAGAGGAGGACGAAGAUGAGGACGAAGACGAUGAGGAAGAAGGAAAGCUCUACUACAGUGAUGACUAUGGGGAGGAUGAGUUUUCGUACUCAGACCAGCCCCCUGAUGAUGGUGGAGGCCCUGGGGGUUACAGCUCUGUUCGCUACAGUGAGUACGAGUGUUGUGAGCGUGUGGUAAUCAACGUGUCAGGACUGCGGUUUGAGACCCAGCUGAAGACAUUAGCUCAGUUCCCGGAGACGUUGCUGGGUGAUCCAGCGAAGCGAGGCAGAUACUUUGACCCUCUCAGGAAUGAAUACUUCUUUGAUAGGAACCGGCCCAGCUUUGAUGCCAUCCUGUACUACUACCAGAGUGGUGGUCGGCUGAAGAGGCCAGUCAAUGUACCCUUUGACAUCUUCACUGAGGAGGUGAAAUUCUACCAACUUGGGGAGGAGGCCAUGCUCAAGUUUAGGGAGGAUGAAGGGUUUGUCAAAGAGGAAGAGGACAAAGCUUUGCCGGAGAAUGAGUUUAAGAGGCAGGUUUGGCUGCUGUUUGAGUACCCGGAGAGCUCCAGUCCGGCCAGAGGCAUUGCCAUUGUCUCUGUCUUUGUCAUCUUGAUCUCCAUCGUCAUCUUUUGUCUGGAGACUUUGCCAGAGUUCAGAGAUGACAAAGAAUUCAUCAUGUCCCUGAGCUUAGGGAAGGGGCUUUCCAAUGAGUCGCUUCACCUGGAUGCUGGGGAGCACACCAUCUUCAAUGACCCUUUUUUCAUUGUAGAGACAGUGUGCAUCAUUUGGUUCUCCUUUGAGUUUACAGUGCGCUGCUUUGCAUGUCCAAGCAAAGCACACUUCUUCAAGAACAUCAUGAACAUCAUAGACAUUGUCUCCAUCUUGCCUUACUUCAUUACUCUGGGCACUGACUUGGCACAGGAGCAGGGCAGUAACGGUCAACAGGCCAUGUCUUUUGCCAUCCUGAGGAUCAUCCGUCUGGUCAGGGUGUUUCGCAUCUUCAAGCUCUCCAGGCACUCCAAGGGUUUGCAGAUCCUGGGUCAUACGCUCAGGGCCAGCAUGAGGGAACUCGGCCUCCUCAUCUUUUUUCUUUUUAUUGGAGUCAUUUUGUUUUCCAGUGCUGUUUACUUCGCAGAAGCUGAUGAGCCUGCCACCCAUUUUCAAAGCAUCCCAGAUGCCUUUUGGUGGGCUGUAGUGACCAUGACUACAGUUGGUUAUGGGGAUAUGAAACCCAUAACUGUGGGUGGGAAAAUAGUUGGGUCCCUGUGUGCCAUUGCGGGAGUGUUAACCAUUGCUUUACCAGUGCCAGUGAUUGUCUCCAAUUUUAACUAUUUCUACCACAGAGAGACUGAGAAUGAAGAACAAACGCAGCUGAUGCAAAAUGCAGUCAGUUGCCCUUACCUCCCAACAAAUUUACUGAAGAAAUUUAGAAGCUCAUCAUCUUCAUCCACAGAGGAUAAAUCAGAAUAUUUGGAGAUGGAAGAAGGAGUUAAAGAAUCUCUUUGUGUAAAGGAGAAAAAAAGUCAGGACACGGGGAAUAGCAGUGAGUCAGAGAAGAAAAACUGUGUAAAUUCAAAUUCUGUGGAAACUGAUGUGUAAUUUUGAACGUUUCCAAAUAUAUUUAUGCAUUAAAGAGUGCAGUGAAAAUAAUGAAAUAUGCAAACAAGAGUCCGCAGCAUACAGUAGUAUGCCAUUUAAUGGUUAAAUACAAAUAAAAAGCAUUGCUAAACUUGUAUUACCUAUCAAGUAAGUGGUAUAACGUGAGGAAGGGAUUGCUAGAUCUGAUAUAAUUUCAGACUUUAUAUUUUUAUUAGAAUGCAAGUGUUUUGCACAUGAGGCUGAAAAAUUUAUUAACACCAAGUCAGUUUAAAAGUGGGUGCAUGAACUGUCGACAUCACUAAUAACAGCUUUGUGGUAACAGUUGGCAUUCAGAGGUAUUUACUAUGUAAGAAGCAAUGAAGUUUGGUAGUCAUUUAUCUAUUUAUCAGUGCUUUAAUAGCAGCUACCAUAAAUCGUUGGAUACCAUAGUCAUUGUUUUUCAAAUGGUAAACUUAUUGUAAAAAGAUAUUCUACAGAAGAUAGAUCUAAAUUUUUUUUUUUCUUGAAAUCUAUAAUGCUUGUUUUUAACUGGAAAUUUACUUUGAAGAGGCUGCUGAACCUCCAGAAAUUGUUUAUUUUUAUAACUCUCUAUGGAGGCAUUGCAGUAUUUGUUGUCUAAUAAUGAAAGAAAUGAAGUAAGAGAAACAUUUAACCUGGUCUGACUGCAAAGGCAAAAGGACUGGAAUGCUUUUUUGCACUACUUUAUAUGCUGGAGAUAUAUUGAAAGAGACUUCAUACUGUGAAUGUUUACUAAUGUAAUAGUUCAAUGACAAUCAUUGGAAGAGUGAAUUCUGCAUCAUAUUUUAUUGUUUCUUUUUUCUUUAUGUGAUGCUGAUGGCAAAACAGCUAACAUUACAUUAAUUCCAUACUCUUUUUAAUUAUGAAUAUCUGUG